AUGAGCUUGUUGUCGCCACCAGCUUCGAGACAACCGCCCAUCCAACCUAUUUACGACUCAACGGGCUCAACCUCCACUUUGCUGGGGUACUCAUCUACAGACCGUAGCUGGAACUUUCCCGAUACCAAGUCUGUAUCGUCUUCGUCUCCGACCACUACUUCACCGCCAGCUCAGCGACUUUUGUCAUUGGAUGCUUUGCGUGGAGUGGCAGUGCUAUUUAUGAUCAUCGUCAACUACCAAGGUUAUAAUCCGUAUCCUGCUCUUCAGCACGUAGACUGGUUUGGAUUCCAUUUAAUCGCCGAUCAAGUGUUUCCUUUGUUUUUAUUCGUAGCCGGUGUAGCCAUUGCCUUUGCCUACAAAAAUGUUCGUCGCAAACCUAAAUACCCAACUAUGUUCAAAAUCGCCAGAAGAUUUGUGCUGCUGUUCGCCAUCGGCUUGCUUCUCAAUGCCUUCCCUUUUACCGACUCUGACCUUCUGCAGACCUGGAGAAUCAUGGGCGUCCUUCAACGAGCCGCAAUCUGCUAUGUCGUUACCACUGCGCUCUAUAUAACAUGUGGAACCAAAGCCGAUGCUGUUUGGCCCCGUCGAUACCUCUACUUCAUUUACCCGGCUACCAUUUUUAUCCUGUGGAUGAGCUUGACCUUUGCCGUGUAUAACCCGGCAUGCCAGACGCGUGGUGACUUGUCUGAAACAUGCUGUACGGAAACCAUGUUUGAUUCUGCCUUAUUUGGCUCUCAUUCGUUGGGUAUCUUUGAUCCAGAAGGAACCAUCUCUACCCUGCCUUCCCUCCUUACGUCCUGGUCCGGUCUCCUGAUCGGCAUGCACCUGAACCGCCGUAAACCUGAGCUUCAUCGUCCACUGGUUCAGUACAAGCUCAUUGCGCAUUGGCAGUUACUGGCUGCAGGUCUAGCUAGCAUUGCCGGCAUGUUCAACUCCUUCAUACCCAUUGGCAAGCCAUUGUGGACCCCUACCUUCACUCUGCUGACUUCUUCUGUAUCCAUCGUCCUAUUUGCCAUCGGCUUUUAUCUCUACGACAUAAAGCGUCUGGCUGACCACACUCACCCCAACGUUGCUUAUCGCGCAUUAUCCUACCUUCUCUAUGUUUUCUUGGCCUGUGGUCGCAAUAGUACGGUCAUUUAUAUUUUGUCGGAAUUGGUGCUCAACUUAUUUUGGGCCGUCAACGUACCGUCUGGUAUCCCGCUUUACCAAGCCAUGCAAACUAUCAUGUUUUCAUCAUGGCUACCACAAGGCCUUGACAGUCUUGUGCUGAGUCUUUUUUGGGUGGUGCUUAUGAUAUUGCCCGUGGCCACAUUGAUGGAUUAUAGACGCAUAUAUAUCAAACUUUGAUUUAAACCUUUUUGAUUUAUUAGGAAUAGUAGACGACAUGACAUGGUGUUCGUGGUCACUGUUUCAACGCUUUUGUAUAUAACGACGGUUUACCUGUUUGAACGACACACAUUUCAUUUUUGAAACGUAGUGGCUGGCUGGCGGCUAAAAAUUGCUUGCUUAGAAAAUUUGCUUCCCCCUUUUUUGAUGCCCUGACCUGUUUAUAAUUUGUCUGCACAUCACUGACUGUCAUUACCAGUGCUUUUCCAUCUCUUUAUUGCAUCCUCACCACUUGAUAGAGUAGAGUGACCUUACCUUGUUUUUAUGCCUAAAUAAAAUCACACAAGUCGUC